AAGGAAAGCGCGCAGAGUUGGUCUCUGAUUGGUCGUGGUAAUCGACGUUGCCGCGUGUCCGCUCAGUAUGCGGGUAACUCUCGCAACAGAUAGAUCGUUGUUAAGACGUUUAUAAAUUUCCGAGUAAAAUUGCAAGUGUUACUAAGUAAAUAUAAAAGAGGCGGAUGUCGUUGAAGUUUAGAGAACGAAACGAAAAGUUGUAGAAGAGUGGAAAUAAUAAUUUCUAAUAUCCAGAAAAAAAUUAUAUAUAUAUAUAUAUAUUACAAUUGACGCAAUUGUAAAAGGUGGUAAUUGUGGGGAGUGCGUACAUACACACGUUUCUGUCAAAAGGGGGAGACGCUGCUCGUCGCCAUGAUGGACGGAAUAUGCGAAACCGCUGAUACUUUAAACAGCGCGCCAUCGAAAAAGAUCAUACAAGCUGAUAACAUUGACCUGUCUGACAAGUCGUUGCAAGUCGAUAUAUCCGACGCUCUCAGCGAGAAAGACAAGGUCAAAUUCACCGUACAUACCACAACUACUCUGCCAGAAUUUCAAAAAUCUGAUUUCCUUGUCGUUAGACAACAUGAAGAGUUUGUUUGGCUGCACGAUCGGUUUGAGGAGAAUGAGGAGUAUGCAGGCUACAUUAUUCCACCUUGUCCACCAAGACCCGACUUUGAUGCUUCCCGAGAAAAGUUGCAAAAACUUGGUGAAGGAGAAGGUACCAUGACACGAGAGGAAUUUACAAAAAUGAAACAAGAGCUUGAGGCAGAAUACCUAGCAACGUUCAAAAAAACUGUAGCCAUGCACGAAAUGUUUUUAACGAGAUUAGCGCAUCAUCCAGUUUUCCGAAAUGAUCAUAAUCUCAGAGUUUUCUUGGAAUAUGAUCAGGAUCUUUGUGUCAGAGGUAGAAAUAAAAUGGAAAUGUUUGGAGGUUUCGUUAAAUCUUUUUCUAAAACUACCGACGAAUAUUAUUUAUCUGCAACCGUCAAAGAUGUUAAUGACUUUUUCGACCAAGAAAUGACCUUCAUACAACAUUAUCACAACAAUCUUAAAGAGGCAACUGCUCGAGCCGAUCGACAGACGGCCAAGCACAAAGAUGUUGCCGAUUCCUAUAUCAAAAUAUCAACCAAUCUUUUGCAAUUAGCGACCACUGAUAGUGGCAAAUUGGAAAGGUUUCUGGCUAAAAUAGCUGAAACUUUUGAAAAGCUUAGGAAAGUAGAAGGCCGUGUUGCUUCGGACGAAGAUUUAAAACUAUCGGAUACUUUGCGUUAUUAUAUGCGCGAUACAGCAGCGGCAAAGAGGCUGCUUUUUCGUAGAUUGAAAGCUCUACACGCUUAUGAAGGUGCCAAUAGAGCUCUGGAAAAGGCUCGAGCGAAAAACAAGGAUGUUCAUGCUGCCCUGGAGGUUGCAGAGGCUGAAAAAGUACAGACCGAAGCUUGCGAAAAGUUUGAGCAAAUGUCCGACAAAGGAAGAGAAGAACUCACGGAUUUCAAGACGAGACGAAUAGCUGCGUUCAAAAAGAAUCUCGUCGAAUUAACGGAAUUGGAGAUUAAACAUGCGAAGGCUCACGCAGAUUUGCUCAAAAAGUGUUUAGUGGCAUUGAGAGAAGAGUGAUCGUGCGGCCGGAUUGUGAAAGUGGCGACCAUCGGUUAUCUUCAAAAGAUCUGCAUUAAUUAUGCGAAUACCAAUUUUAUUCUUUAAUUCAUAAUUUAAUGAUAAUUGUAAGAUAUUAUAUUUUUUGUUAUACGAGCUAUCUUUACCAGGGUUCCGACUCGAAUCAUUGCAAGCGUUCGUAUGCGGCAAGGGGGUUUUUUAUACUGUAGAGAGAAAGAGAAAAUAACAAGGAAUCAUUGAUUAUGGUUAAUAUGUAGAUGACCAGCUGUAAAGUGCUUCGAUACGAUAAUAUUUGUCAUCGUUGGAUGUAAUUACUUCUGCCUACUUUUUGUUUUUCUUAUCUUUUCUCCUUUUUAACGUUUUUUAUUACUGAGAUGACAGAUAGGGCCUCGUUGCGAACGAAAUAGGAUCGUUAUACACUCUCACUCAAAUUGUGACGAGUCUGAAGGCUCGAGGUAGUAAAAGACACCCUUGCAGCUCAGUUCAAUAUCCCGUUAUGUUUACCAAGUGAGACCUUUCAUAUUCUAUAUACAUAUAUAGAUAUUAUAUACAUGUAUAUAUAUGCACUCUCUCUCUCUCUCACACACACACACAUAUAUAUGUAUAUAUAUUGUCCACAUAAAAUUGUAUUAUGGAUGAAUAAUACACCUACCUGCUAUAUUGUAAUAAAGUUCAGUAGUACAGACGACAA